AUGUUUGACGCCGGCGAGGGGGCGCAGAUGGCAUACCUGCGAUCCGGCCUGGGCUGGAACAAGCCCAUGAAGAUCUUUGUGACGCACCUGCACGGCGACCACUGCAUCGGCAUACUGGGACUGCUGCAGACCAUGUCUCUAAAGAAGCGGAGCCAGGGGCUGGAGAUAUACGGCCCCGCCGGCAUAGACGAGUUUCUGGCCGCAAACAUCCGUAUACUGAACUUUGGGGUGUCGUUUCCCGUAAUCAUCAACCCCGUCAGCGACGGCGUUGUGGCAGACGAGAGAUCCUACGUGGUAUCUGCGUGCAGGGCGGCUCACUCUGUCGAGGCGUACUCGUACGUCUUUGAGGAGCGGCCGAGGCCGGGAAGAUUUAACCGCGAACGGGCAGAGGAACUCCAGGUGCCCCGGGGGGAGAUGUGGGGACGGCUGCAGGCAGGGCAGCAUGUUACGGUGGACGGCCGUGUUGUAAAGCCCGGGGACGUCCUCGGGCCGUCUCGGCGCGGCAAAAAGAUCGGAGUCUCCGGCGAUACCAGACCCACCGGCCCCCUGCAGGAGUUCUUUCAGGGAUGCGACUACCUGGUCUUUGACUCCACCUUUAUGGAUGAUAUGGGGGACAAGGCGCUAAAGACGUUUCACUCCACGGCCAAAGAGGCGGCCACCCUGGCAAGGGAUGCGGGCGUGUCCAACCUGGUUCUGACACACUUCUCGGCAAGGUACGACGACGCGCAGGCGCUAGUUGAUGAGGCGGGUGCGGUCCACGGCUCGGUGGUCGCCGCCGAGGAUCUUCUGGAGAUCGAGAUAGAGUAG